AUGAUAAAGGCCGUUCGUGGUGGCGGUGGUAAAGGUAUGCGUAUCGCGACCACAAAAGCGACUUUCGAUGAACAGUUAGCUGCUGCAAGACGGGAGUCCCUGAAGGCAUUUAAUGAUCAAAAUAUGCUCAUCGAGAAGUAUAUUGAACACCCAAGACAUGUGGAGGCUUCCAGCCAAACUAAUUGUCUAUAUGGUCCAGAGGUGUGA